CCGAGUCUGUUAUUGGCUCAACGCCGGGAAGUUUGAAGAAAGAAAGUAAGUCAGCGAAGGAAGGCAAGAAACGAGGAAGGAGAGGAAGGAAAACAAAUAAUUAAAACGAAGUCACAUGAAAAGUUUGUGCUUUGGACUCAAGUCACAGGAGCAAAGUGACUCAUGUACGAUUCGACUUGGUGUUGUUAGUCAAACUCUUUGAACGCUGUACAAUAUCAAUUGUGUAUCGUCUUGGUCAUUCAUUAGGUUAGGAGGCUCGCCAGUCGCAGAUCUGGAAAAAAAGUGAAACGGGAAAGACAACCUGGUAUUGCAGUUAGGUGCAGUGAAGUGUGAUAACCUGGGCCUGGAAAACUUGCUCGUGAGCCAGUAUUGGCAGAGAUGGGUGCCUUGAACUCCGUACUGGAUAUGUUGUACGACGACACUGACAGCACUGUACCUCAGUCGUCCGAGUCAUCGGAGCCACAAGCAGAGACCAACGAUUCAACACCGACAGUUCUUCGCCACAAACGAAUCCUUGACCUUGACCCGAGGUCACCAUCGGAGCAUAUCUUUCGCACUCCCAUUGUGGUGGACAAAAGUGUCUCCAGCGCCAGCCUUGCGACCCCUGAGCCCGUGCCCAUCCCGUCUUUAGUCCUGGAUCCCAGGUCACCAACAUGCGAGUUCCUGAGGACUCCAAUCAUCCCUCCGUGCUCGUCAUCAGAGAGCAGACGUGUGAGCCCAGCGAGAGUCGGACUAGUAGUCGGACCCGGUGCUCCAAGCUCUGGUUUGGCGUACGCUUCCUCGGAGUCGGGGAUAGACUCCACCGAAGUGUCGCCCGAUGUGAGAGGGGACUCACAUUCCUCCUUCUCCUACAAUGCCUGUAAGUCUUGCACAUUCGCAUAGCGUACGUGUCACGUAUUGUAUCGACGUUGUUAUUG